UUUAUGUCGGCCGAUGCCAUCGGGCGGCUGCUCCUCGCCGGCGCCAACUCCGGCAACCGCCUCCCUCCUCUCACCGUCAAGCUCCUCCACGCGCGCCUCCUUCGCCUCGACCUCCUCGCCGGUCUCUCCCCGCUCCUCCUCCGCGCCCUCUCCUCCUCCUCCCUGCACCUCCACGCGCUCCGCCUCCACACCCACCUCCCGCCUCCCUCCCAUCGCCUCACCUUCCCGCUCGCCCUCAACGCGGCCUCCCGCCUCCCGGGCCCCCUCCACCUCCACGCCGGCGAACAGCUGCACGCGCGCUCCCUCAAGCUCCCCUCCCACGCCACCCCGCACGUGCUCACCUCCCUCCUCAGCCUCUACGCGCGAUGCGGCCUCCCGCGCCGCGCCCGGAGGGUGUUCGACGAAAUGGCGCGCCCCACCACCGUGUCCUGGACGGCGCUCAUCACCGCCUACAUGGACGCCGGGGACCUCGACGAGGCCGUCCGCGUCGCGAGGAGCGCUCUCGCGAGCGGUAUGAGGCCGGACAGCUUCACGGCCGUGCGUGUCCUGACCGCGUGCGCUCGCGUCGCGGACUUGGUCACCGGGGAGACGGCCUGGAGGGCUGCCGAGCAGGCGGGGUUCGCGCAGAACGUGUUCGUGGCCACUGCAGCGGUAGAUUUGUAUAUCAAGUGCGGGGAGAUAGCGAAGGCGAGGGAUGUGUUUGACAAGAUGCAGGAGAAGGAUGCAGUGGCCUGGAGCACCAUGGUUGGGGGAUAUGCUUCCAAUGGCCAUCCGCGAGAAGCUCUAGAUCUCUUCCUUGCAAUGCAAGCACAGGGAGUGAGGCCAGAUUGCUACACAAUAGCUGGAGCACUAUCCGCGUGCACAAGGUUAGGGGCGUUGCACCUGGGACGGCAGACGAUCAAGAUGGUAGACUGGAACGAGUUCCUUGACAAUCCAGUGCUGGGGACUGCCUUGAUUGAUAUAUAUGCCAAGUGUGGGAGCACAGCCGAGGCAUGGGCAUUGUUCCAGCAAAUGAGGAAGAAGGACAUUAUUGUUUGGAAUGCCAUGAUAUUAGGGCUUGGCAUGACUGGCCAUGAAAAAAUUGCAUUUGCUCUUGUUGGUCAGAUGGAGAAGUCCGGUGUGAAAUUGAAUGACAGUACUUUCAUUGGCUUGCUCUGCAGCUGUACACACACUGGUCUAGUUCAAGAUGGGCGGCGGUAUUUCCAUAACAUGACUAGGUUAUACCACAUCAGCCCUAGGAUUGAGCAUUACGGUUGUAUGGUCGAUCUUCUCAGUCGCACUGGUUUGCUGCAGGAGGCUCGCCAGCUUAUUGAUGACAUGCCAAUGCAAGCAAAUGCUGUCGUAUGGGGUGCACUUCUUGGUGGCUGCAAAAUUCACCGAAAUACAGAGCUCGCUGAAUAUGUAUUGAAGCAGCUCAUCCAGCUAGAGCCCUGGAAUUCUGGGAACUAUGUCAUGCUGUCCAACAUAUACUCUAACAGAGGGAGAUGGGAGGACGCUGCGAAGAUUAGAUUGGACAUGAAGGUGAAAGGGGUUGAAAAGAUUCCUGCAUACAGCUGGGUUGAGUUUGAUGGUAAGGUCCAUGAGUUCCGUGCGGGAGACAAGUCGCAUCCCCUUUCAGAUCAGAUUUAUAAAAAGCUCGAUGAAUUAGGCUUGGAAAUGAAAACCAUGGGUUAUGAACCAACAACUGAAGUGGUGAUGUUUGAUGUUGAAGAUGAAGAAAAGGAGCACACACUACUUCAUCAUAGUGAGAAACUCGCCAUUGCAUUUAAACUUCUCGUCACUGGACCAGGAGAGACCAUUAGGGUGACCAAGAACCUCAGAGUUUGCAGUGACUGCCACACUGCUAUUAAACUUAUAUCGAGGAUAACUCAUCGAGAGAUCAUUGUCCGUGAUAACAACCGAUUUCACUGUUUUAGAGAUGGUUCUUGCUCUUGCAAUGACUAUUGGUAGAACUGGAAGCAACUCCUUGGUCGAUAGAAGAAGAGUAUAAACCAGAUGAUAUUGUAUUUAGAACCUCUUCUAUGCUUCAAUCCUUGUGAAUUGCACGAUUUAAAGCACAAAUAAGGGAUGUACUGCAGCUAAAUAUCCCUUUAAGUGCUUCACGAUUUUUUUAAUUCAAUUAUUUCAGCAUAAAGAAAUCUAUUUUUUUUCCAACCAAAACACACACAUGUAGAAUAAGCUAUUUCUUUCCCAUUCAAAUGAUCUGUGUCAAUA